AACCAUAUCAGAGCUUUAUAAAGAGACGAGAGCCCUCCAACCAUUCAAUCCAAACCCCAAACCCAUAUGCCUCACUCCUCAACAAACGAAUCUCGCUCUCAUUCCCAAUUUCUCUUCGUUUCUCUUUCAUGAUCCAAAUAUGGUAGCAGAAACCGUGCACCACCACAACCACGAUGCCAACGAUGGGAACAGAACCCUGAUCUUCUCGUACGGAACCUUGAAGAGAGGCUUCUCCAACCACAACCUCCUCCAAGACCUAAUCCGCACCGGCGACGCCUCCUUCAUCGGCCUCUACAAGACAUCGCACAGCUACCCCCUCGUCUGCGGGCCCUACAGAGUCCCCUUCCUCCUCAACCUCCCGGGCUCGGGCCACAAAGUCCAUGGCGAGUUGUACUCCGUCUCGGCCCGCGGCCUGGCCCGUAUGGACGAACUCGAAGGAACCACGCGCCACCACUACGAGCGGUUACCGAUCAAGCUUCUUCCGGCCGAGGAAGGCGCUGACGAGAAUGUAAACAACGAGGAUCAGGUAAAUUUGGAAGAUGAGACGAUGAUGACGGAGGAUGCGCCGGGCGUGCUAACGUGCGCAGAGGCGUAUUUUGCGCAUAGUAACUACGCCGUUGAGAUGUGGAAGAAGAAUGGGAAGAGAGGGUUACGGUGUUAUACGAAGAAAGAGACCAAGGGAUACGUCAAGCGCGGUGAUCGGCCUCAGCAUUUGACCUUCCUUGAUCACAUUCGCUUGUUCCUUUCUGAAUGAAUCUCUUUUUUUUUUCUCUUUUAAUUGCGUUCCACACAAAUAUUUUUUUUAUGUGGAAAAUAAAAAAAAUUUUCCCAAAUUGUUGUUGUGUUAGUUUUUUUUUGGUGGUGUUUAUAUAUAGCAUUUGAUGGGAAAUAAAAAAAAAUGUGGCUGAGAUUGUUGUUGAAAAAUGAAAAGAGUAGUGGGAAUUUGGGAUUCCCAGAAUCUGUUUUGAGAUGA